UGGACGUAAUAAGCUCUAGAGAUUUUCCAAGAAGUCCUUCUCCGAGUCGGCCUUCCGUUGAGGGUGCAGUGACGAUAGAACCUGUUCCGAAGCGAAUCCUGAGGUCAGCGGAAGACAGGAGUGAACAUUUGAACAACGAUAUUAUGGCCAGCACACGGGCAAUAGGAGAAACACGCCCAGUCUUUUUAUUCGUCACCCCGUCCCCGCUCUUCCCGGCGCACUGGGGAAUGGCAAUCCCGGAUAUCGACGAUCCGACCUGGGUGAAAGUCAUCCAUGUCACUGGAAGCGUCGCAGAGGGCUUCGAGCAUGCAUUCAAGCGCGACUACAAUACGGAACUCUCGACGACGAAGUACAAGAAGAUUUCCCUCGGGGACGUCGCUCAGGAGUACAGCAUCUACAAGAAGGACCCUUCGUGCCCCGAUGAGCCCAGGAUCGAUACGAUGGCAGUGGACAGGAUGGAGGAGAUCGCUCUUACAGUGCCAGCACCAGUAGCCAGCCUGAACACCAUGAAAGACGCGUCGAAGGCGGGGAUGAGGGUUUCUGUCAAAAACUGUCAGACUUGGAUGCGCGAGUAUGUCCAAGCGCUUAUCGCUGCUAGUGUUUUGAAGGAAGAGGCUCUUGACAUCUUGGACAAGGCACCAAAAAACUGAG